AUGACGACGAUCGAAGCCGGCAGCACAGAAGAAGUGGCCUUCCAAGUGUUCCCAUGGAUAUGGCUUCAGCUCAUGCAGUGCGUCCUUGACGGGCUUGUGGACGUGCCACGGGAGCCCGUCCACGAGGCCGAGCACCGGGCCCUCGUGGCCGAGGUCAUCGACCACCACGCCUCCUACUUCCUGAUCAAGUCGAUCCUGGCGCUACGCGACCCGGCCUUCGUGCUCUAUCCGCCCUGGUUGAGCGUGCUGGCCAGGGCCUUGCUGUGGAUGGGAGGCUGGCGGCCGACGGCGGCGUUGCGGCUGGUGCCCGCGGGAAUUCUGUCGGCGGAGCAGGCGUGGGCGUUGGAGGCGAUUCGUCAGGUUACGAGAGCGGAGGUGGCCGUGGUGGAGGAGGAGAUGAGGAGGGUGCAGAUCGAGGGGGUAGUGGGGUUGAUGAUGGCAGGGAGGGCUGCGGUAGCGGCGGUGGCGGCUGCCGAGAAGGCAGCGAUCGAGAGGAUGCUGGCAAGGCAGUGGACGGUGGCUGUGGUGGCUGAUUCCUUGCGAAUGAAAGUGCUGAGAAGGGUCGUAGCCGUGCUCAGCCCGCUGCAAGCUGUCGACUUCUUGGCUGCCGUAGUGAGGAUGGAGAUCUCAAUGCAUCAGAUGUAG